AUGACCGGCUCAAUCGGCCAGGCACCGGCCAUCGAUAAACGCGACUUUGACAUUAACCGUCGGUCAUCCACUCCCCACGAAACCGCGGCUCAAGAGGACGAGGCCUUGCUCCACUCCCGUCCUCGCUCGAGGCUUUCUGUAGGCAAUCGGUUUAGUGACAAUGACGAUGGUCUUCUAAGUGAUGUUGUCGAGGAAAUCGUGGAAAGGGACCGCCAGAGGAUGAGACGGGAAGUUGUUCGUGUUGGGAGCUUCGUUUGGGGAGUGAUUACAUGUCUCGGUGCAGGAAGUAUAACAGCGUUCUCGCUCUAUGGGCCCUUGCUGUUGACUCGUUUGAACUAUACCCAGCUGCGGGUAAAUGAGGUGUCGAUUGCGGCGGGUAUCUCUAUGUACCUCCCUGUAUCACUGGCAGGAUACCUUUGUGAUCGCUAUUCGCCAUCGCCCCUGACAUUGUUCGCGGGAAUAGCCUUUGGCCUCGGUUAUUCCCUCGCUGCUUUCGUGUACAAAAGCGGACCUCCUCCAGAUGCUGGCGGAAACGGAUGGCCGUUCUGGGUGAUGGUGGUGGCUUUUAUUGCCAUAGGAGUAGCUACGUGCAGCAUGUACUUGGCUGCAGUAACGACUUGCGCCAAAAAUUUUGGCAGAGGUAAACAUAAGGGGAUUAUACUUGCUGUUCCCAUUGCUGCUUUUGGCCUAAGUGGGAUGUGGCAGAGCCAGGUUGGGACCUACUUUCUAUGCGAGCGUUUGAAGGACAGCAACUGCGGCGACGUCGAUGUCUACAAAUACUUUCUCUUUCUUGCGAUAUUACUUCUGACGAUUGGUGUCAUCGGCACUUUUGCCCUGCGUAUCGUGGACGAUGAAGAGGAGAAAUACAUUGAUGAAGCGGUUGAGGAGCUUGAACGGAGCGGCUUGUUAGCGGAAAGUGAGUUCUUUAGACCUCGCAGCGAAGUGCAGGCGGCAUAUGGGACAUUCUCCGACGACCAUGAAGAUAACGGAUCUGUGGACGACCAGUCCGUUACUAUCUCGGAGGAAUUGCGGGAAGCUGCCAGACGCGAAAAAGAGCGUGAAGAGGAGGAGCGCAGGAAAAAGAAUUGGUUACUGAAUUAUGAGACGCGGAUAUUUCUCGCGGACCACACGAUGUGGUGGCUGGCAUUGGGCUUCUUUCUGGUUACUGGUCCGGGAGAGGCAUAUCUAAAUAAUGUAGUUACUCCCCAGGUUUUAACUUGA